AUGGGUUCAAAGAUCGUUCGGUUGAUCAAUGAGAUGCAUGUCAGGUUGUUGGUGCCGGCCAACUACCGGUUGAGGGGCCCUUACCCUGGAGAAAAGCGGUUAGAGAAGGGAGAGAAGGGAUGGGGAAAGAACAUGGAUGACAUGGACAGAGGAUGGUACUGGAUCAUUGAUGUACUAACUGAUAACCUGAAUAUUAGCAAGUGUGUACUAGAGGUAUCAACGCAGCCGAGGGCAAUCAGCAGAGAUAAAUAUGACAAUAGCCAUACUGAGGACAACGAACUCAACAGCACGGGAAGAUGCACAUAUCCACCAGACAGAUUUGCAGGACGCCCUUCCGCUUGGUUGCUUUCUUCUUCCCCGCAUGUUUUUCGAUCUUCCCUCUUCAUGUUCGAAAAGGAAAAAGGGGAAAAGAUCAACAGGAAAACGUUCGGCAGGACAGAGAUCUUCCCAUGGACAUUUAUUGAUCCCGGUUCCGCGAUAUCUCGCCAUCAAUGCAUUUCAUGUGUCCGUAAGCGGCGGCAUCAGCACGUUGUUUCCCUGUGCCCAACCGUUCCUCCAGUCAGUCAGACACUCAAGCAAGCAGGCCACGCAACGCCACGCACCGAAACGGAACCAACCAUUCAGCCAACUAGCCAACCAACUAGAGUUAUCUCCCGUAACCAACUGAUCCCCAACAACGAGUCAGUAAAGCCAACUGGGAACAGGCACAGACAACCGUUCUGUUUCUUUGUGUUUCGGCAGACCAUAGCCGAGCAAACGAACGACUAUGAUGCUGCUGCUGAUGAUGAUUUUGCUUAUGCCAUGCCUUGCUGGAUCUCUUGCAAGAAGUGUAUUGCAUGUAUAUAACAUAUACGCAGUAAAAGAGUUAUAGUUUACUAGUGU